GGGAGCCGCGCGUGCAGCUCUCCCCGAGUCCGAGCGGGAGCGCGAGCCCGGGAACGCCGAGCCCGGCUGUGGCUGCCAAGAUGUGCCUCUGUAGUUCUUUCAUCCUGAAAGGAGAGAAGUGGGGAGCUAGCUCUGGGAUGCUGCUAAUCCAGAGGCCCUAAGAGGAUUCUGGCUGACUUGCAUGCCAUCAACCCUGUGGGAUGUGAGAAGGAUCCCUGCUACCCAUGGAGCGGGCAGUCACCAUGGCUGAGCCCAGGGGCCCCGUAGACCAUGGAGUCCAGAUUCGCUUCAUCACAGAAUCAGUGGGUGGUACAGAGACGGGCACCCUACGCCGUGGUGGGCGACGUCCAGCUAAGGACGCAAGAGCCAAUACAUAUGGAGUUGCUGUGCGUGUGCAGGGCAUUGCUGGGCAGCCCUUUGUGGUGCUCAACAGCGGGGAGAAGGGUGGUGACUCCUUCGGCGUUCAAAUCAAGGGAGCCAACAACCAAGGGGCCCCGGGAGGUGCGAGCUCCGACUUGGAAUUCCCCGAGAACCCCUACUCUCAGGCCAAGGAGUUUCCCGCCCCCUCACAGAGCAGCACAUCUGAUGAGGAGCCGGGGGCUGGCUGGAAUGGAAGACUACUGCGUUCCCAGUCCCAGGCCUCACUGGCAGGCCCUGCCCUUACAGGUCACGGCAACAGGAGUACCAGCCUGCUAGAGCUGGCCCCCCAGGGGACUUCCCCAGAUAGCACCAUUGACACGGCUCCCCUAUCUUCAGUGGACUCGCUCAUCAACAAGUUUGACAGUCACCCUGCGGGCCAGACCCGGGGCCGGACCGGCCGCCGCAUGCGGACACUGCCCCCUGAACAGCGCAAGCGGAGUCAGAGCCUGGACAGCCGGCACUCACGGGACACCCUUGAGGAGCGGGAACGCCGGUCCCCCAACCACUGGUCCCCCAGCACAAAGUUUGACAACCACACGGGCAGUUUAAAACAGCCAGCCCAGAGCCAGAGCCCGAGCCCUCUCAGUGGCUUUAGCCGUUCCCGUCAGACCCAGGACUGGGUCCUUCAGAGUUUUGAGGAGCCACGGGGGAGAGCACCGGAUCCUGCCUUACUGGAGUUCAAAUCAACCCCAGACCUUCUGCGAGACCAGCAGGAGGCAGCUCCACCAGGCAGCAUGGACCACGUGAAGACCACCAUCUAUGGCCUCCUGAGGGAGGGAAGCUCAGAAAGCGAUGCGUCCGUGAGGAGGAAGGUUAGUUUGGUGCUGGAGCAGUUGCAGCCUCUGGUGAUGGCCUCUCCUGGUCCUGCUAAGGCCUUGGCAGGGCAAGGUGACCUCACCCGAAAGGUGGAGGAGCUACAGCAGAAGUUGGAUGAAGAGGUGAAGAAGCGGCAGAAGCUAGAGCCAUCCCGGGUCGGGUUGGAGAGGCAGCUGGAGGAGAAGGCAGAGGAGUGCAGGAGACUGCAGGAGCUGCUGGAGAGGAGGAAGGGGGAAGCCCAGCAGAGCACCAAGGAACUCCAGAACAUGAAGCUCCUCCUGGACCAGGGUGAACAGUUACGACAUGGACUGGAGACCCAGGUGUUGGAGCUACAGGACAAGCUGAAACAAGUUCAGGGUCCUGAGCCUGCUAAGGAGGUGCUAAUGAAGGAUCUGUUAGAGACCCGGGAGCUUCUGGAAGAGGUCUUGGAGGGGAAACAGCGGAUAGAGGAACAGCUGAGGCUGCGGGAGCGGGAAUUGACAGCCCUGAAGGGGGCCCUAAAGGAAGAGGUGACUUCCCGUGACCAGGAGGUGGAGCAGGUCCGGCAGCAGUACCAGCGAGAUGCAGAGCAGCUUCGCCGGAGCAUGCAGGAUGCAACCCAGGACCAUGCAGCAUUGGAGGCUGAGAGGCAGAAGAUGUCAGCCCUGGUUCGAGGGCUACAAAGGGAGCUGGAGGAGAGCUCAGAGGAGACAGGGCAUUGGCAGAACAUGUUCCAGAAGAACAAGGAGGAUCUUAGAGCUACCAAGCAAGAACUCUUGCAGCUGCGGAUGGAGAAGGAGGAGAUGGAAGAAGAGCUUGGGGAGAAGAUGGAGGUCUUGCAGAGGGAGUUAGAGCAGGCCCGAGCUGGUGCCGGAGAUGCUCGUCAGAUUGAGGAGCUUAAGAAGGAGCUGCGCCGGGCACAGGAGGAGCUUAAGGAACUGCGGGCAGAGCAGCAGGGCCAGGAGGUGGCUGGGCGACACCGGGAACGGGAGUUGGAGAAGCAGCUGGGUGUCCUAAGGGUCAAGGCUAAUCGAGGGCAGGAGCUGGAAGAGCAGAACCUACAGCUACAGAAGACUGUCCAGCAAUUGAGACAGGACUGUGAAGAGGCUUCCAAGGCUAAGACAACAGCAGAGGCAGAGACAGCAGUGCUGGGGCAGCGUCGGGCAGCAGUGGAAACUACGCUUCGGGAGACCCAGGAGGAAAAUGACGAAUUCCGACGGCGCAUCCUGGGUCUGGAGCAGCAGCUGAAGGAAACGCGAGGCUUGGUGGAGGGUGGGGAAGUGGUGGAGGCACGACUUCGGGACAAGGUGCAGCGGCUAGAGGCAGAGAAGCAGCGGCUAGAAGAGGCUCUGAACACAGCUCAGGAGGAGGAGGGGAGCCUGGCAGCAGCCAAGCGGGCACUGGAGGCACGGCUGGAGGAGGCCCAGCGGGGCCUGGCCCGCUUGGGGCAGGAGCAGCAGGCGCUGAACCGGGCCCUAGAGGAGGAGGGGAAGCAGCGGGAGGCACUCCGGCGGGGCAAGGCUGAGCUGGAGGAGCAGAAGCGUUUGCUGGACAGAACUGUGGACCGGCUGAACAAGGAGCUGGAUCAGAUUGGAGGGGACUCGAAGCAAGCCCUGCAGCAGCUCCAGACCCAGCUGGAGGAUUACAAGGAAAAGGCCCGGCGGGAGGUGGCAGAUGCCCAGCGCCAGGCCAAGGAGUGGGCCAGUGAGGCUGAGAAGACCUCUGGGGGCCUAAGUCGGCUUCAGGACGAGACCCAGAGGCUUCGGCAGGCCCUGCAGGCAUCCCAGGCCGAACGAGACACUGCUGUACUGGACAAAGAGCUGCUGGCCCAGCGACUGCAGGGGCUGGAACAGGAGGCAGAGAACAAAAAGCGCUCCCAGGAUGACAGGGCCAGACAACUUAAGGGCCUCGAGGAAAAAGUCUCACGGCUACAAGCAGAGUUAGAUGAAGAGAAGAACACUGUGGAACUGCUGACAGACCGGUUAAAUCGUGGCCGAGACCAGGUGGAUCAGCUGAGGACAGAGCUCAUGCAGGAGAGGUCUGCUCGGCAAGACCUGGAGUGUGACAAAAUCUCCCUGGAGAGACAGAACAAGGACUUGAAAAGCCGGUUGGCCAGCUCUGAAGGCUUCCAGAAGCCCAAUUCCAACCUCUCUCAGCUCGAAUCCCAGAAUCAGGAGUUGCAGGAGCGGCUUCAGGCUGAGGAGAGGGAGAAGACGGUUCUGCAGUCCACUAACCGAAAACUGGAGCGGAGAGUUAAAGAGCUGUCCAUUCAGAUUGAUGAUGAGCGACAGCAUGUCAAUGACCAGAAAGGUCAGCUAAGCCUGCGGGUGAAGGCUUUGAAGCGGCAGGUGGAUGAAGCAGAAGAGGAAAUUGAGCGUCUGGACAGCUUGAGGAAGAAGGCCCAGCGUGAGCUGGAGGAGCAGCAUGAGGUCAAUGAACAGCUCCAGGCCCGGAUCAAAGCCCUGGAGAAGGAGUCCUGGCGCAAAGCUUCUCGUUCAGCUGCUGAGUCAACCCUUAAACAUGAAGGACUGAGCUCAGAUGAGGAAUUUGACAGUGUCUACGAUCCCUCAUCCAUUGCCUCACUGCUUACGGAGAGCAACCUACAGACCAGCUCAUGUUAGCCCAUGGUCCUACCCUGGCCAGCUCUGCUCUUCCCUGUCCAGCCUCAGAUUCCUCAUUCCUGUGGCUGACCCACUUAUUCAGACCUAAGACUGGGAGGGAUCUGAGUGAUGGUGAUAAAAAAAGCAUUAGGCCUAAGCCGAUGGAUAAACUUUCCCUUUCCUCUGGAGGAGUGGGUAUUUCAGGCCACCCAAGUCCUUCCCUUAAGUGCCGACACCUCCCUCUUCUGUCUCACAUCAGAAGCAUCAUCAGCAUAUAGGCCGAGAGGGACUGAACAGGCCAGGAAGGGUUAGAAAUUGCCAUGUAUAGAAAGCUUUAUUUCUUUAGCUCUUUUAACCCUAAUGCUCAGGAAAAUACUCUCUGUGAUUCUGUUUCCCUAACUCCUGCAAUCCAUUUCAUCCCACUCUAGAGCAGGGUGAGGGUGACAUAUGGGAAAUGGACACGCUGGCGUGGCUCUACCCACUUCCCAGAUACUCCUUUUUGCACAAUCAUGGGACCCAGGUGGUAGACCCCAACCCCUCUAAUUCCUACAUUUUUGUCUUCUCCAAGCAAGUGGAUUCAAGGGAGCCUUUUUCCUUCACUUCUGUCUUCACCAUUCCUAUCUUCCCUUCCUUCUUUGUUCUCAGUGCCUUAGCCAGGGUGAGGAGAUGAGGAUGCUCUUCUUGCCUUUUACACCUGCACUUUCAUAGCUCUCCAAAGACCAGUCUUUCCCCAAUUGGGGUCCUCAACCUUCCCAGUUGCCCCAGGGGCACUCAAGAAAGCUGUUAGCUUCUCUGCUGAUGAGCUUCUGGGUGAGGGCUUUGGUAGGACCAUAAUCAGGUGGUGGGGGCCUGGUUUCUGCUCAGGGUUUUCCUCCUUCCUCCUCUCCCUCCUUUGUGACUACAGACUGCUUAUAAGGUGAUUGCACCUGGAAACCCUGACAGCUGUCUACACAAGUUUGAAAAACCAAAGGUCUCAGUCCCUGUGGCUUUCCUUAUGGCUUCUUUAAUCAGAUGUGCCCGGUCUCAGUAGGGAGCCAAGGGACCCUCAAUUUCUCAGAAGCUUAGCCCUGAUUCAGGGUUUCCUGCCUGGGGCUGAGGGCUGACUCUUGGUAGAAAUGGGAAGAGGUAAUGGAGGCUUUAUUUCUCCUUUGGAUUUUAGGGACAGCCAAGCCCUGGUCGGGUGGAGGUAAGAGGGAUGAUUUUCCUCUCAUUUCUUAAGAAGGUUUUGUAGGGAGCCUGGAGGAAGAAGGCUUUUCUCACCAAUGACUUGUAAUUUCAUGAUUUUUUAAAAAAAUUUCUUUAUUUUGCAAAUCAGACAUUCUUUCCCAAUCCAAUCCAGCCUUGAUUUUAUUUUAAAUUAAAUAUUAAAGUUAUAUAUGUAUACCGAA